AUGGAGGUGGUGAUAAGGGACUGUGGGAGAAGAGCUCCGGCGCUGCUAGUGGCCGGUAGUUUCAAUGCGAAAUUCACGACCUGGGGUGGUAGGAGGACAGAGCCUAGGGGGACAUAUCUCCCACGAAGGAUGGUUUUAGCGAGCAACAGCGCGGCGUCGAGGCUCGCGGAGUCGAGAAUGUCCGCGCUACAGGAGGAAAACGCGGCUCUUCGCAGGGAGCUGUCGAAGAAAGCCGUGUCAGCUUUCGAAUGCCCGUGGUGCGGCGGCUCCGAGGCUGACCGUGCCCCCUGCGAGGCCGCGAGCCAGAGCGCGCGACUAGACGCUCUGGAGAGGAAGGUGGACGAACUCGGACCCACCAUAAUACGCAUGAUGGAGAGAAGAUUCGGGACCCUGUUGCCGCAGCAACAACAACAACAACAACAGCGACAGCAACAGAGAGCUCCCGAAGCAGGACGGAACGCGGAUCAUUCCGCCACGCGCCGCCCAGCGCGCGUCAACCCCCCGCCGCCCCCCAGGGAACAAGAGGGUGGCGAGUGGAGAGUGGUUGAGAGGAGGAGAAGCAGAAGUGGGCGAAGAAGGAGGAUCGCCGGGAAGAGGCUGGAGCCCGCUGGAGGAGAAGGCGAGGCGAGGAACCGGGCGCCCGUAGCGGCACCUAGGAUGAGAGGCGCGCCGAAAGCGAGCGCCGUCGCCACCGCCGCUGCGACGAAUAACAGGAAGGGACCGGCGACACCGGCCACGCUCCCCCGUACACCGCGAACAUCGGCGGUGACGCUGACGCUGACCGAGGGAGCAAACAUGUCGUACGCGGACGUGGUAUCGACGGCGAGGCGGACGAUCCCGCUCGGUGAGAUCGGCGUGCAAGCCGUGACAAUGAAGAAGGCGGUGACGGGCGCGAUCGUGAUACGCGUCCCGGGAGACAAGGACAGGGAGAAGGCGUCCCUGUUGGCGACGCGCCUGGCCGGGGUGUUGGACCCGACCAAGGUGAGAGUCGGUGCUCCGACGAUCAAGGGCGAGCUCCGAUUGCUCGACAUCGACAUCUCCAUGGAAAAGGAGGAGCUGCGCGAAGCGCUGGCCAAGGCGGCAGGAUGCGACAGCACGGAGGUGCACGUCGGCGAGAUCGGCGCUUCCAGAGGAGGCCUGGGAUCGACCUGGAUGAAGUGUCCGGUGGCUGGAGCCCGGAAACUGGUCCAGGCAGGGAAGGUGGCGCUGGGCUGGUCCAUCGCGAGGGUAAUCGCGAUACCGAAGAGGCCUUUGCAGUGCUUCAAAUGCCUGGAGCUGGGACACGUGCGGGCAACCUGCACGUCGACGGUGGACCGAGGGCACCUGUGCUACAGGUGCGGCGGAAGCGGACACCGCGCCAGAGGCUGUACCGCCUCGAUGCCCAAGUGCCCGCUGUGCGAAUUGAUCGGGGCACCCGCGGGCCAUAGGAUGGGCGGGGCGGCGUGCGCACCGCCGAAAGUCAACAACAACAGCAAGAGAAGGGCGCAAGACCUGCUUCUCCAGACCAUCCGAGAGAACAGGGUCGCCCUAGCGGUAGUGGCCGAACCGUACCGCGUCCCCGACGCCCCCAAGUGGAUCGGGGAUCUAGACGGAUUGACGGCGGUAGCGUGGGCGCCGGCGCUGAGCUCGCCCGGCGCCUUGCUGGAUCGCGGCAACGGCUACGUCGCUGUCGAGUGGAACCGGAUAGCAGUGGUGGGCGUUUACAUCUCGCCCAACAGCGGCGUGGCCGCGUUUGAGGACUUUCUGGACAGGGCCGGCGAUUGCGUUAGAAGAUGCUUUCCCCGUCAGGUGAUCGUACUCGGGGAUUUCAACGCUCACUCGUCGCAAUGGGGCGACGCAAGGACGGACACCCGCGGCAGAAUGCUAACCGAAUGGGCUGCGGGUCUGGGCCUUCUACUGGCGAACAGAGACACGGCGAGCACCUGCGUGGCAUGGAGAGGUUCGUCCGUCGUCGACGUCACCUGGGCUACCGCCGAGCUAUACCGGAGGAUUCGCGGCUGGAGAGUGGCCGACAGGAUGGAGACUCUGUCGGACCACCUCUACAUAAUGAUGGAGAUGGAGCUCGAUCGACGACGGGACGCGAACCGUUCCCACCGACCGCCACCGCCACCACCGACACCGAGGUGGCGCCUGAAGGAGAGGGACAAAGAGAUGUUGCGCGCGGCAGUUAUCGUUUCCGCCUGGAGCUAG